UUGAAAUGUUUAGGAGCGGUCAAAAUAACACCAGCGCAUGAUCACAGUGAUUAUGAAGUGGGCAUUCGUCACAGCUUACCAUUCAUCACGUGUAUAACGGACGAAGGCAAUAUGAGUGAGCAAUGUAGCGAAUUCAGUGGCAUGAAAAGUCGUUCCAAGGAUGUGAUUGAGCCAAUUCUCAAGUCACAGUGGUACGUGAAGUGUGACGUGAUGGCCCAACGAGCUAUUGAUGCUGUUGACAAGGGAGAGCUCAAAAUAAUACCGAGUUUCCAUGUAGCAACGUGGAAGAAGUGGUUGGAAAAUAGCAGGUACAAGUGUUAA